AUGACAUCAAAAUCGUCUCGGCCCAACUCUAGGAAGUCUGAUGGCAAAUCUAAAAGAUCUAGUGGUGUCGGGUCGAAGCACUCAGAAAUAAAACCAGCAGAAUCUGACAGACCUCGUCUCGGGUCGAACCGCUCAAGAAACGAGCGCAGAAGAUCGGUUGAAAGUCUUGAGGCAAAAACUCGAGAUCUUGAUAUCGGGGGUCGUGGCUCACCACAACCACCAGAGAGUCCGGGAGAUCCCAUCGAUCCUUACAUGGAUCCUAGUUUACGAGAUUAUGAAGUAGCUUCAAAGGCGAUGGAGGGGUUUAAGGAUAAUAAAAGACAUGACUCCCAUAAAUCAGGAGGCGAAGAAGAGCCGAGAAGACGGCGGAGGUCUUCGAGACACCGCGAUAAUGGAAGAGAAAGGCGAAGCUCAAGAUCUCGCCUCAUAAAAAGAACAACUACCACUCGGACUACGUUUGAUAAAUUACGAUUCUUAGAUAGAGAAGAAAAAGUUGUAGAUGAAUUCGAAUACGAAAAGAGCUCGGACAACCGUGAAAACGACAGGAAUCUUCCAAGCUCAGACCGAAGAUAUGCAGAUUCCAGCAGACGCUCGCAUCGGAGCGGAGAAGAUAAAAGGACUGAGAGAAAAACAAAAGAACCCUCUCUAGCAGGAAGUAAUGUCUCGAGCCCAAAGACAAGUGUCUCCUCUGAGCCAAAAUCUGCUACCAGCUCAAGACACAGUGCCCACACCCACAGAAGCGCAAGAAGCGCAGUCAAUGAUAUCCAGGCACCACAAGCAGGUUCCCACCAUCCCAGUGAAUCGCCAAGUUCUCGAAAAUCGCACAAAGAAUCUGAUGAUGAGCCCAAAGCCUUGAGUGAGGGUUCCGCCAGUGGGACUUUACAUGGUAGACUCCCUCGAAGCAAUACUUCAGCUUCCGAUCGUCAAAGUUUGAGCGAGAGAAACUUGAACGACAUCUACAAACCUGACAGGGGUGGCAAACGCACUAGCACCACUGCUCCUUCCGACCAUGGAACAGCGGAGCGUGCUCAAACAGGUUAUGGGAGAGGCGACCAUAGUAAUCCGCCUUAUUUUUAUGAGGAUGAAACUAAAUCUGGUAUUUCAGCAUCGACAAGCGGCACAACUCGUAGUAGUAGAAGAACCCAUAAGUCGUAG